CGAUUUCAGAAAAUGCUGCGCAUUUGAGGACACUGCAGCGCGCAGUGCUUUAGGUGAGAGUUUCGGAAAAAAAAUUUGGCCGAGUCUGAAGUCGCGCACUGAUAAGUAAUUUUUCUAUAAUCACGGCAGCUCUCCGGAGCAUUGAAGAGUUUGGAUUGAUUGUCUAGUCAAAGCAGAAUAAAAAAGACCUCAAGAGGACAAGAUGGCGGCUCCUGUGCUGGCAGCGACCCAUUCUGUUGUCGCGCUGGAUUUCAGCGAUGGGUCCACCAAGUCGCAGAAAAAAUUUCUUUUCGAGGCCGGCACGAGUGGCGACGAGGUGGAGGCCGUUGUCUCUACGAAAGGUCGCAAGGAGACCCGCCCCCGCUUUGAAACGCGCAUCGAAGCGGUUCUCGGCUCCGGCAAAACGAAGAACAAGCUUUCCCUCGAACUGGUGGAGACCGACUGGAGCAAGGUGCGCGUGGAGAAGAAAAAGCGCAAGAAAAUGAAGGCCAUGAAGAAAGCCGCGAUGAAAAAAAUGAAGGCCAUGAAGAAGCGCGGAGGUCGUGGUCGCGGGGGGUUUGGAUUCGGCGGCGGUUUUUUCAUCGGCUUCGGAGGUAUGUAUGAUUACGAUUCCGACUGUUAUGACGACGAUUCCGAUUUCAGCGACGACAAUGACUUUCUCCGCCCGGCUGCAGGGGGUGGUCGCCGCGCGGGGAACAACGCGCCACCGCCCGAAAUGGUGCUAUUGAACCGCGACAACCGCCGGAUGGCGCAGUUCACCUACGGGAGCAUCCAGGCGAUUUCCGUUGGAACAAAGGCGACCAGCGCAGGAGCGACGGGUAAGGCGGGGAGCAAAAACGUGGCGGGCAAGAAGCAGCCGAAAGCAAAAGCAGGAGCUGCGUCAUCCUCGUCUUCCAGUUCAUCUGCUGCGGCGCAGCAGCAAUCUGGACCUGAUGACCUCGAAGAAAGCGGGACGAACGCUACUUCCGACACUGUCUGGGUAACCCUGCGGGUUUCGAAGCCGGGCGAGUGUUUGCAGACCCCGAAGCAGAACGAGGUGAAGCAGGAGUUGGUGAGGAUGAAAAAGGCCUUUAUCCCGACCGAGGGAACAAACAAAAGCCUGUCCUUCAAAGUCGGAUUUGCCACCGAGCGGGCGGCUACGAACUUCGUAAACGCGUUGGAAAACAGUCGGACCAAUACCAAAGAGGAGGCGGCGGAAAAGCGCGAGGAGCUGAAGGCGAAAAAAGAGGCGGGGUUGGACACCCGGAAGCGCGGUCCGCUGGUUCCGGUUAUGACCCCCGAGCAGGUCAUCGCGCAGAACUUGCUGCGGGCUGACUCCUACGCAGCCAAGUCCAUCCGCCGGUGGAACCUGUUCGGACCCUACGCGCGCAACAGCACGGAGGAGCAGUGGAAGCGUUACUACGACCAGCGCUGCUUGGAUGAGUCGACGAAAGCGUCGGAGAAGGGAGGAAACUACGGAAGUGAGUGCAAGGAGGACGAUUACGACGGGGAGCUCGACGCCGACCGGUUUCAGAAAAAGAUUCGUCUCGGCCUCGGCCGAGCGCUCGUGUCCUCGGGAAAGGUAUUUCAACAUUUUAGCCUACAGUAGAUGAGGGCCUCGUCUUCCUCUCGGACUGGGUCUACACGACCGACGUCAAGGUAAUUUUUUAAGUUUGUAGCUCUAAAAAAAAUAGUAAAACUACGUGACAUACUAGAUCAUUUUUUCUAGGUGUAUCCGCGUACAAACAACCCAGGUCCGCAAAGAGGACGCGGCCUUGUUGGCAUCAGGGCUGUUUUUGCGCGAGUUCCACAUUAGCGAGGACGGUUCGGAAGACCCGCGCGAGGUGGUUGUUUGUUCGCGCAUCUACGCCGCAACCGCGAACCCGGCCGCGGUUGACCUCGGCUUCGAGCACUACCACCGGAACCGGAUCUGGAUCGACGACGAAAAGUUCAUGUUCUGUUCGGCGCUCCUGUAUUCGCCGGCCGCAAACAAUCCGCUACACGUUUCAUCUCUACUGAUGAAAUCCAGCCUGAUCUCGGAGACCGACUACUCGGCUUCUGGUAUCCACAACCAGAAAAAGACGGAGAAAAUCAAGCUCUGCGACUACCCGCAGGCUUGGGGAAAUAAACCGCCAAACCCCUCUUUGGGAACUGGGAAGAACAGCACUGGUAUGGUUGAAGUAGUAGACGUGGUCUUUCAAUUCUCGGCAAGAUUCUCAUUGUUUUUCUUUGUUCCAGAAACUUUGUGAUGCAAGAACUCAACUACUUCAGAUGAAAUGCCGACGGAAAAUGUAGAAGUAAAAUAUAAAAUAAGGUAUUCUGGCGGAACUUCUUGGUCACGACUACCCCUUAUCGACCCGGAAGUUAUCGACGGGAAGUGCGUGAAAUUCGAAAGGGACCACAGCGAGCCCUAGGAAAAAAUUCAAUUGGUCUUGGUCAUGCGAAUUUCAAUUUGCAUGCACACCAAAUAAAGCUGCAUAAACAAGAUCACUCCAGAGCACUUGGAGUGAGCUGCGUUUUGGUAUCGACAAAAAGAAAGAAGGAAGUCUUCGCACCGUAUGUGAAUGCCUUUGUAGCGCGUUGCGCUUCUGUAGAGCGUACAGCGUAGCACUUCCGCAGGAAAUGAAUAAAGUACCUUUUUUUGCAGCUAGCAGCAGUCGUCCCCAAAGGCACUCACGCGCUACUUCCGCGGUAUAAAGAUGCUUUUCCGCGCUGUUUCGUGCCAUCGGGAUGAAUCUGAAGCCCGCGACCCGCAUGUAUGACGCGUUGUGGGCCUGGCGAGACAGCAAAAACAACUUGAAGGGCCCCGAGUCGCUGACGGACGACGAAGGCAACGGGAUUCACGCCGACUUGGAAGCUGCGAUCGCAAAGAAAAACACCUUGAAAGUUGGAGUUGCUGCAGCUGCUAAGUCCUCCUCCGCCGCGGGGGCAGCUCCAGCUGCCGCUUCAUCUUCAAGUAGUGCUGCUUCUGCGUCUUCGGGAAAGCAGGCCACGGGGGCUGGCGCGGCAGCUGAAGGCAAGCCGGCAGGAGAUGAGCCGGACAGCGAUAGCGAAGAAGAAGCGCUGGGCAGUUCAGAGGAGGAUGUCGCAGACGGCAGCGGGGAUGAGGAACAGGACUCUCUCGACUCUAAACCAAAAGAUGCAGAAGACGAAGACGCAGGGGAAGAACGCGGAAUCUCAGCAGGGAAAAAGUCAUCAAGCAGCAGCGCCCUUCUGAAGAGUAAGAAGAACCCGCCUGUCACUCCCGCGAGCGAGGUGCUGAAGGCUGCCCGGCCCGCUCGCGUCGCCGCGGGUAUGUUUCCGCAGGACUUGUUCUCUCCGCCCUCUGAGGCGAAACGCCAGCGCCUGGAGUGAGUAGACGAUGGACCUGUCAAACAGAGGUGGGCGAAUCAGACUUAGAAAUGAAAGCUAAACAAAGAUACAACACGAAAACUCGUCCACUUCAGAAAUUGUUCCUGUGCAGAAAGUGCAGCAGUUUUAGUGCCUGCCUGUUAUGUUUUUACUCUUUGACCUUCAAGAUCGUUGGAAUUGUUUUUCGUCACAGACACCAGAACUGCAGGCCUUCCUGCAGCGAGCAGAACUUCAUUGCCUUCUUACUGUGUACUGCAAAGACACGGAGAUGAAGAGCUUUUGCAGGUGUCGACGCCUCCGUGUAAAAUUUCCAAAUUAAAUGAAACGAGUGAGCUCUUUUUACCUUGAAAAAGAAGAU